AUGCAGUUUUCUGAACCAAGCAGAGAGCCCACUAUAAAAGAAUUCAUUUUGCAUCUAAACCAAAGGCUUAAAGACCUAAAGCAAGAACUCAACUUAAACCGCACUCUUUUUCAGGAUCUAAAGGGUGGAGUAAGAGAUAUUAAUCACAUAGCCAAUGAAUCUUGCAACGAUAUUACAAAUUCAGCCUUAAACGAAACUGAGAAACUUGAAAAAAACCUUAAAAAUAAACUCAAUGAUAUUGGAACUGAUGUUACUUUACUUAGUUAGUUAGUUAGUUAGUUUUAAAAGGCCAUACGUGGGCGAAAUCAGCGGAUAUCGACACCUCAGCUCGAAAGACGACUUCAGGUCGGGUUCUGAUGAGACCAUACUCCCAGGCCGACGCCAUCUUGAUUUUCUGGUCAAAACCACCUGUCUAAGGGAUCAGCUCCUUUGGGCAGAGCCACUUCUGUCUGAGUGCCCCGAUGGUCCCGAUGAAGGAAGACCAUGUGGUAGGAAAAACCUGUCUAGCCCGUCUGGCAGGGACAGGGAAAACCUUCGGGGGAGAAAUAAAAUUUCCUUUUCGGCACGGCUUCCCACAAUCGAAGGCCUACUUAGGACAGGAAUGAGACCUGUAUAUUCAGCUUCAUCAGCAAUGGGUCCUACCAGCUCCAUAGGAGGUGCGCCUCGGAGUCCAAUUUCCAUCAAAGUCACCAUUUUAUUUCUACUUUACUUAAGCAUCAACUUUUUGCAGUUAAUUUUAUAUAAUUUUUAAAAAAAAGAUUAAAAUUAUUUUUAAAUAAAAAAUAAGCUUCCAUUUUGCAUUAAACCAAGGAAAAAUUAAAAUUCAGCAAGAUAUUUUGUUGCUUGAUUCAAGAGUUAUGGAGCAGGAAAAGCAUGUGGGAAUACAAUUAGGAUUUCCAGAUGUAGAUUUAGAUUCAUAG